CACGGCCAAGAUCCAUUCACACAGCAUCCAGAACAAAGAAAUCCAUAGCAACAGUUUCCAGCUGAGUUGAGUUUACUUGUGUUGAGAUUUUUCGGCUACCAAUGGCGGACAUAGCCUUGCUGGUGGCGGAGGAGUCCGAGAAGAGGACCAAGCAAGUGGCGCCUGGCGCCGGCGAAGAGGCUUCCAAGGGCAGGGGGAGCUUCGAGGGCAUGGCCAAGGCGUGGGGCUCCUGGACCGAGUCCGCCGCCGCCACUGCGUCGGAGGUCAAGGUGCACGUCGCACUGCUCGUCAAGGCAGAGCCCAAGACCCCGUUUUCCCUAGCAGCCUUCGAUGGCUUCUUCUCUGCUUAAUUAGACCUCGCUUCUUAUUUCAAUGGCGAAGGUGGAGUUAGUUAAUUUGGAGAAGUUUAUCUGUAUCUCUCCUCCUCCAGCCCCCUUCCUCCCCAGAGCCAAUGUCACUAUGAUCUGUACAUAAUCGUGUGCUUUACUGAUUCAGUGCUAUAUAUGAAGUCUAAGAAUACUAUGUACCUGCGAGUAUUUUGUUC